AUGUCGUCCAUUCUCUCAUUCCUAGGAUGGGCAUUCCUUCCUAAUUAUGCCACAUCGCUCCUCCAAAGUGUCUACUACGGAAUUACCGUCCGCGCCGGCGAACCUCGACCCCAACCUCCCUCCCCACGAUAUGCGCGCCAUCGCCGUCGCAUCUUCAUUCUAGUAAUUACCAGCUACCUCCUCUACACUCUCUACGAUACCUUCCACAAUGUCCAAGUCGCCGGCGACUUUUACCGCGCGCUGGGAGUCUCCCCGCUCGCCAACGACCGGACAAUCAAGUCGCGCUUCCGACGAUUGGCUGCGCAGCACCAUCCGGACAAAUUGGGCCAUGGAGCAGGUGACGGAUAUGGCAGCGGCGGGGACGACUACUUCGUGUUCUUGAAGUUGGCGCAGGAUACGCUGUUGGAUCCGGCAAAGCGGUUUGCGUAUGAUCGGUUCGGACCUUCGAUUUUGAAUUGGGGGAAUGAGAAGACGAUGCAGGAUUUCUUGUAUGCGGCUAUGCAGCGGUCUAUUAUUCCGCAGUAUGUUGGGGGGGUUGUGACGAUUAUCUUCUUGAACUUUACCUGGUGGUCGGAUUGGGGGCGCUACUGGCGCUUCUUCACCUUCGCGGCCCUCCUGACCCUCGAACUCACCCUGAUCACCCACAGCCAUCUUGCAGUCUUCACGCCCGCCUCCCUCCUCCCCGAAGGCCUGCGCAACAUUCUUGACAUCCCCGACUCCCUCAGUUUCUACCUUCUCCCCUUCCAAGUCCUCCAAAUCGCCCGCCAGGCCUCUAUUAUACUACAUAUCUUCAUCUCCCAACUCACACCACCAGAGUUAACGAAGAAAUCGUCCUCGACACCGGGAGAACGCCUCGAUAAAGAGACGAUGCAGAAACUGGGACAGGUGAUGAAUCUUUCCCGCGCAACGGACUUGGAGGCGACGAGGCUCUUGCAGAUGGGGUACGCGCCAUUCCGGGGUGAUAAAGAGGGAAUUGCAGCGUUGAGGAAGGGGAUGAAGGAGGGAUUGGUGUUGAGUGGUGUGAGGAGUAGUCCGGAGGUGCAGCAGGCUGUUGCGGAGGUUGUUGAGAGACGAAAGAGAGAGAGUAAGGAUGAAUAG